UCCGUCCUUUCAUUCAUUAUGCUUUUCAAAUAUCUUAUUAAUACCGUGGCAACGCUCGCGUCGUUCGCCCACGCGGUCGACCUCACUGGCUAUGAAUAUGUCAUAGUUGGAUCCGGAGCAGGCGGUGGCCCACUCGCCGCACGUUUGGCCCUCGCUGGUCACAAGACUCUCCUCAUUGAGGCCGGUGACGACCAAGGUGCCAACCUCAACUACACGGUCCCCACCUACAGUGUUAGGGCCUCUGAGGACGAGAACAUGGCGUGGAACUUUUUCGUUCGCCACUACGCCGACGACGAGAGGCAGGCUCGUGACUUCAAAACCACCUACGAGACUCCCAAUGGUGGUCAAUACACUGGCCUCAGCCCACCCGAUGGAUCCGUCAUGAAGGGCACCCUUUACCCUCGUGUAGGAAGCUUGGGAGGCUGCACUGCUCACAACGCUCUCAUUGCUGUUUACCCCCACCAGUCCGACUUUGAAUACAUUGCCACUCUGACUGGCGAUGAUUCCUGGUCCCCCACCAACAUGCGCAAGUACUUCCAAAAGCUCGAAAACAACAACUACCUCCUCCCAAUUACUGGCGGUCACGGACAAGACGGUUGGUUGUCGACUCAAUACGGACCUAUAACCAUCGUGACCGAAGAUACUCAACUCUUCAGUGUCAUCAGCGGUGCAGCAGUUGCCCUCUCCAAUGCAGUCGGUGCUAUCUUCAACGUCGCUACCCUUCUUGCCGGCGACGCCAACGCAGACUCCAAAGCGCGCGACCAGAAGGACGGUCUUUUCCAAAUCCCCAUCUCCACUAAUGAUGGCAAACGCAACGGUGCCCGUGAAUUCAUUGUUGCUGUUAGCGAGGCGAAGAACGAAGAUGGCUCUAAGAUGUACCCUCUCGACAUCCGAAUGAACUGCCAUGUCACCAAAGUCACUUUCGACCAAACCGUUACCCCUCCCCGCGCAACUGGUGUCGAGUUCCUCGACGGCCAAUUCCUCUACCGCGCUAGCCCCAAGAGCGCCGGCCGAACCGGUACCAAGGGCUCCGUCACCGCAUCACGCGAGGUCAUCAUUGCCGGCGGUGCCUACAACUCUCCUCAAAUCCUCAAGCUUAGCGGUGUUGGCCCAGCUGACGAACUCGCCAAAUUCGACAUCCCUGUUGUCGUUGAUUCUCCCGGUGUCGGUACUAACCUCCAAGACCACUACGAGACCAGCGUCCAAGGCAAAGUUCCCAGCAACUGGACCGCCUUCGAUGGCUGCACCUUUGAUGCCUCAGAGAACGAUGAGUGCCUCAAGACGUGGCAGAACCCUGUUCUCGGCAACCGUGGAACCUACGCCUCACCUGGCGUAGGAGCCAACAUGUUCUACAAGUCCAGCGUGGCCACUAACGGCAACUGGGAUUCCUUCAUCUUCGGUGGGCCCAUCAACUUCCGUGGAUACUUCCCCGGAUACGCGUACAACGCAACUUCAGAACACGAUUGGUUCACCUGGGCCAUUCUCAAGGCUCACCCCCGCAACACUGCUGGAACCGUCGAGCUUCUUUCCGCCGAUCCCCUCGAUGUUCCCGCCAUCACAUACAACUACUACGACACUGGUGUGGGUGAUUGGAAAUCCGACAUCAAGGCCAUCACGGAGUCGAUUCACCUCGCUCGCUCCGCUUUGGCCAGCCAAACCGUCCCUGUCACCGAAGUCUUGCCUGGUGCUGACCUGACAACCGAUGAGCAGCUUGAGGAGUACAUCAAGGACGUCACUUGGGGACACCACGCCUCGUCCUCGUGCCCAAUCGGCGCUGAUGGCGAUAAGAUGGCCGUUCUUGACAGCAACUUCAACGUCAGGGGUGUUGAAGGCUUGAGGGUUGUUGAUGCCUCUGUCUACCCUCGCAUUCCUGGUACAUUCACGGCUGUGUCGACCUACAUGGUUGCAGAGAAGGCCGCUGAUGUUAUCCUAAGCCAGUUGAAGGAGCAGUAG